GAGACCGGCUUGGCAAUUAGCGCACUGUUUUAAUAAUGCGUCUACUGAUUGCGUCUCUCCUGCUGCUGUCCUGCGGGGUGGCUCUGGCCGUCGGCCAGAUCGACUUCAAAAAUUUACCCAUCAAGAUAAAUGAAUAUCUUAAUUCAAAAAUUAUGACGCCGGAAAUGGAAAAGACGUUUGAGUUAUUUCGGCAGAGGAAGACAAUGAAACCUUACACUAGCACGUUUGACAUGCCACUGCUUGAUGGACUCGACGAAAAGGAAAUCAGCAAGGCAGUUUGUGACACGUGCACUUUAAUGGUGGACACAAUUUUUUCGUGGAUUGAUGCCGGUGACACGCGCCAGCAGAUCAUAGAUAAGUACGUUACACUUUGCACUGACACCAAUUUUGCUAGCCCGAACGUGUGCCGUGCCACAGCCGAAAUCAGAUUCGAUCUAGGUUAUUGGUUAUAUACAACGAAGAACGGCACCCAGUACCCUAUCACGGCUCAAGAUGUGUGUGGAUUUAAUUACUUCGCCGACUGUUGGGUCGGAGGGCCGCAAUACGAAUGGACUUUGGAUCUAAACUUUUUAGGACCAAAACCUACACCCGACACUCCCCAGCUGCCAGAACCAAGCUCGCCGACUCUGAAAGUCCUGCAGUUCACCGACAUUCACAUAGACCCAAAUUAUUUGGUUGGUGGCAACGCCGAGUGCGAAGACCUUAACUGCUGCAGGUUCGAUCAGGGAGCACCGGCAAACUCCAGUGCCGCAGCAGGAUACUGGGGAGACUAUCGAGAUUGCGACACCCCUUAUCAUGCCUUCGAGAAUAUGCUACAGCAGGCUGCUACUCACACAGACAUUGCGUACAUUAUUUUCACAGGAGACAUCAUUGACCACGGCACGUGGGCCACUUCCACAAGUACCAAUCGCGACUCAAUCAUUUACGCCUUUACAUCAAUGGUGAAUUAUUUCCCUAACGCUGUAAUCUUGCCAAUCGUGGGAAAUCACGAGUCUCAUCCCACUCACAAUUUUGUUUCCGACCUGCCUGAGGUCCCUGCAAGCAUUUCAACUGGCUGGUUGUAUUCCAUCGCUGAAUACAUUUGGAGCGCCUGGAUCCCAAACGCUAGGGAAACCAUUCUGAAAGGUGGUUUUUACUCCUAUCAGGUCAAUCCUGGACUUAAGGUCAUCGGCCUGAAUAACAUUUUCUGCUACAAUUACAACUGGUGGUUGCUCUACGAAAAUGAGGACCCUGCAGGUCAGCUUAUCUGGUUCGCCCAAGAGCUGUUAGCCUCCGAGCAGCAAAAUCAAAAAGUGCACGUUUUGGCACACAUCCCCAGCAGCUCAGACUGCAUGCCCAAUUGGCAGAAAGAGUACCUUCGCAUCCUGGACAGAUUUGAAAAUACGAUUGUUGCGAUGUUCCAUGGACACACUCACAACGAACAUUUCAACAUUUAUUACGACCCAAAUAACCGCACCAGGGCAACUGGAGUAGGUUUCAUCGGCGGUUCAGGCACCGCCUUUAGCAAUGUUAAUCCCAACUACAGAAUUUAUACCAUUGAUGGCGACUACCAAGGAUCCUCCUACAGAGUACUUGACCACGAAACUUGGUCUUUUAACUUGACUGAAGCCAACUUGAAUGGACCCGAUGUCCCACCCACGUGGACUCAAUUGUACAGCUUCAAGGAUGCAUUUGGGCUAAGCUCUCUGCUACCCCAAGACCUUGACGCUUUUGUUUCUCGACUUGCUAAUGACGCUAACCUGCAGGACUUGUACUAUCGCCUUUACUGGACUGCUGGAGAUCCGUCCCUUGCUGCCACUUGUGACGUUGCAUGCAGAAGGAACCUCGUUUGCGAGAUAGUCAGAAACCUUCAAGGAGAUGAUUCAAAGUGUGCCGAUUUUCUUCCUUGAUUUGUAAGCUGAAUUUAAACCGGCCAAAAUGGAAAUAAAGAAUAAAUAAAAAUUGCAACACUCA